AUGAACAGAGCUUUCAAUUUCGGUGACACUACCAUGUAUGUCAGUGCUUUGCUCAAGGGGAGAGGUUUGGAAGCAUCAGCAAGGCUUGUAUCUCCUGUGAGCGUCCACCUUUGCAUCUACGAGUUCUGUGAUGGAGGUCUCAGCUUGGCCCGCCCCUCCGAGUCCACCGAUUUUUCCUUGUAUCUCCGUGACCUGGUGGAUCCGCGAUAUCGCAACAAUAUGGUUCCUGAAAUCCUUUCCAAUACGCGCUACAACGAUCUUGAUGCCCAGCGCUUCUGGCAGGAGAAGCUCAACGUAUACAUUUUCGAUGUUGGCCUGGAUGCCUUACAUGCUGGAGUUGAAGAGCUGGAGAUAAACGUCAAGAUACAUAUCCACGACAUGUUUUCGAGGUUGCACGAGGUGGAGGAUGAGACUGCGGAGCUGAUGGGAUAUAUUGCCGAUGAAGGAAUUGGAGGGGACUUUAGUGGCGUGCCGGCAUCAAAGGCUUCCAUCAGGGCGCUGGAGGUGGUGAAGUACAAUGGUGUUGGAGCUGAGUUUCAAGAGAACGAGUGCUCGAUAUGCUUGGAGGAGUUUGAGUUUGAGAUGGAAGUGACUCGAAUGCCUUGCAAGCACGUCUUCCAUGGUGGUUGCCUCACUCGGUGGCUAGAGAGAAGUCAUAUUUGCCCACUUUGCCGUUAUGAGAUGCCUAUCUAG